CGAUCAUCAGAGACAUUCCAGUCAUCACCACUCAGCCAACAACUAACACCAACAACCAACACUACAAAACCACACACACACACACAACUUUUUUUUCACCAAAACACAAACUCAACCCUACACAACCUUCUCAAAAUGCAAUUCUCCAUCGCCGCCAUCGUCCCCUUCCUGGCCAGCGCCAACGCCAUCAUCACCGGCAUCGCGGUCCCUGAAACCAUCAAGCCCGGCUCCCCCUUCGAGCUCACCAUCGAGACCGAAAACUACAUCCAAACCGUCGCUGACAUUGCCAUCGCCGUUGGCUUCGCUCCCGGCGAUGGCUACCCCGGCGCUCUCGGCGAACUCCUCGGCUCAUUCUACCUCGGACCUAAAAACUCCAAUGUCAUCCAUAACAUCACCGAAACCGUCACCCUCCCCGCCGGCACUGCCCAGGGCGACGGCAUCAUCACCGCUACUGUCUACAGCCUCUACGGCGUUUCUCAUGGCCCUUCACUCAACACCUACAACGUGACUAUUACUGUCGGCAGCGAGACCUCUGAGACCCUCAAGUCUAGCUCCGCUUAAAUGGAUGAAAUGAAACUAAACUAAACUGAACUGAAAUGUACAGACGACAUAUACUACAUGGCAUAUAUGAAGGCGCUGAGGGACAACGGACUAAUUUGAUUUCGAGCAUUGGAUAUCUUAUCUUAUAAUUACUUUUUUUACAUAGACUGGUAUUAUAGCCCCAAGCGGUAUAAUUAAACUUGAU